UUUUGUGUUCUUCUCAGCGGACCACCGCUCGAGCGAUCAAGCGCUCUCUGCCACCUCUAAACACAAGAUUUUUAAGCUCCCCAAGGCGGCCAGGUCAACUGAUCUUGACUUUCAACAUUGUUUCCUUUUCGUCAAUUAUUUUCAACCUCCAAAUAUGGCUGAUGCAGUUGCUUACGUACUUGUGGAGAGGUAGCAAAGGGCAGGCUACCAGCAAGAACAUCCCAUCCCUUUUUCACUACUUCAUCUCCUGUAAAAAUCUUUAACCCUCUUCCAAACAUGGCUUCCACACUGGUUCCCGUGAUCCUGCAGCAGCUGGCAGUUAACGUUGACCGAGAUCUGCAAGAAGAGGUGAGACUUGUCACGAGUGCCAAGAAGGAAGUCAUAAAGCUCACCAGCAUUCUGAGAAGUAUCGAAGCUGUGCUCAGCGAUGCGGAGAAAAGACAAUUGCAGGAGCAAACUGUGGAAGAUUGGGUGGAUAAGCUCAAAGACAUAUCCUACGACAUGGAUGAUGUGAUAGAUGAAUGGAGCACCGCAAUCCAAAAGGCAAGAAAUGCUGAAUUUGAUGAGGAUGUCUCACUUCUCAGCAAGGUAUGUUCUUGCUUUAAUGUUCAAGGAGUUUUUUUGCGCAGAGAAAUUGCCCUUAAGAUUAAAAAGCUCAGUGGAAGACUAGAUGUGAUUGCGAGAGAGAAAGACUUGUUCAUGUUUAAUAUUAGUAGCUCCAUUGAGGAACCUGACCGACCAAAAACAACCUCUGUUGUUGAUGUGUCUGAAAUAUGUGGUCGAGAGGAAGAUAAAGAUAAACUAGUGGGGUAUCUAAUGAAUGAGAUCACGAUGAGUACUAGUCAAGUAAAAAGAAGCUUCCAUGUGAUCUGCAUAAAAGGCAUGGGAGGAAUUGGAAAAACAACUCUUGCCCAGCUAGCCUUCAAUGAUGAACAGGUGAAGGCUUGUUUUGAUAUAAGAGUCUGGAUCUGUGUUUCCGACCCUUUUGAUGAGAUUAGAAUUGUCAAAGCAAUCAUCGAAAACAUUGAAAAAAAUGCACCCAACAUCAUAGAAUUGGAAACACUGCUACAACGGGUGCGUGAUUUGGUUGUCGGGAAGAAGUUUCUUCUUGUCCUGGAUGAUGUCUGGACAGAGGAUUACCAAAAGUGGGAGUCUUUGAGGGACACUCUCAAGUUUGGAGUCCCAGGAAGCAGAAUUGUGGUGACCACACGCAAUGGGGGAGUUGCGAGAAUGAUGGAGAGCAGCUGCAUCCUCCCUUUGGGGAAGUUGUCUGAGGAUGACUGCUGGCUGCUAUUCAGUCGAAUAGCAUUUUCUGGAAGGGAAGCAGAGGAGUGUGAGAAGGUGGAAGAUGUUGGUAGAGAAAUAGCACACAAGUGCAAUGGCUUGCCUCUUGCUGCAAAGACUCUAGGCAGUCUCAUGCGUUUUAAGAAGAGUAGAGAAGAGUGGCAGGAUAUUUUGGAGAGUGAGAUAUGGAAUCUUGAAGAGGCUGAAAAGGGUCUUUUUCCUCCUUUAUUGUUGAGCUAUUAUGAUCUCCCUUCCCCAGUCAGGAGAUGCUUCUCGUACUGCGCUUUCUUUCCAAAAGACUACAAGAUUGUGAAAAACGAGUUGAUUAAGUUAUGGAUGGCGCAGGGUUUUCUAAGCUCAAGGGCAGGUGCUGAGAUGGAAUUAACAGGCAGGGAGUAUUUUGAAAACUUGGCAACUCGCUGUUUCUUCCAAGAUUUUGAGAGAGAUCAGGUUGAUGGCAGCAUAAAACGAUGCAAAAUGCAUGACAUAGUGCAUGAUUUUGCUCAGUUUCUUACAAAAAAUGAAUGCAGGGUCGAGGAGGUUAGUGAUCUUCUUGAAGAGAAGAGGUCGGAUAAUCCUGAUUCUAAAAAAACUCGCCAUUCAACAGUAGUGAUUGCAGCACCUGCUCCAUUUCCAACCUCUACUAUUUGCAAUGCAGAAAAGCUGCGCACCCUCUUCAUUCGACACGAUGACAACAAAGGAAUUGCUUCUGCAUUUCCUGAUCUAUGCCGGCGUUUGACAUGUCUCAGAUCGUUGAAUAUGAGGAACAGCUUGAUCGAAGAUGUUCCGGAAGAAUUGGGGAGAUUGCUACAUCUAAGAUACCUCAACUUAAGUAAUACCAAGUUGAAGGAAUUGCCUGAAAAGAUUGGUAAUCUGCUGAAUCUGCAAACAUUGAACCUUACAGGGUGCCAAUGCCUUCAAAGAUUGCCACAAGGUGUUGGAAAACUAGUUAACUUGAGACAUCUUGAGAUUGGUGGGACUUUGAGUAUGCGUGUGCUGCCGAAAGGAAUUGGGAGAUUGGAUUCGCUUCGAACAUUAAGCAGGUUCCUUGUGAGUGGUGGUGGUGGUGUUGAUGAAAAAGCAUGUAAGAUAGAAGACCUGAGAAACUUGAACUUUCUUCGACGGAAGCUUCGGAUUGAAGGGUUGGGAAACGUUGCAGAUGUUAAGGAAGCCGAGAAAGCGCAGCUGAAGAUGAAGAAACGGCUGCAGGUCUUGGAACUUCAGUUCACUGGUAGGCAUGCAGAGAGGCGACUGGAUGAAGCUGUGCUUGAAGCCUUGCAGCCACAUUCAGAGAUAGAACAUAUAACAAUCUCUCGCCAUAAUGGCACCACCAUAAUUCCCAGCUGGAUGAUGUUGUUAAGUAAACUGAGAAGGCUUGUUCUUGAGAACUGUGGAAACUGCAAAUUUUUACCACCUUUGGGGAGAUUGCAGGCCCUUGAAUCACUUGGUUUGUUUUACAUGAAUAAGGUUGAAAUGGUGGGUGUUGAAUUUUUGGGUUUGGAGACUGAGAAUGGAAGCUUAGAGUCAUCAUCGCCAGUUACUUUAUUCCCACAUUUGAAAGACCUUAGUUUUUGUGGCAUGGAAAUGUGGGAAACGUGGGAUGGAAUGAGCGCAAAAACAGGAAAAGAAGACAUUGACAAUAAUUUUAGAAUCACCCCAUGCCUCCGUUACUUGCAUAUCACUAACUGUCCAAAGCUGAUGGCACUGCCACACUACCUGCAGAGAACACAGCCGCAAGAAUUGGUCAUCAAUAGCUGCCCACUUCUGAAGCAACAUGUCAUAGAGAGGGCAGGAGAGAAUUGGGACAAGAUUUCUCACAUCCCCAAUAUCAAAAUUGAUGAUAGCUAUGUGCAAGGACAAGCAUUGGGUCAAGGAAUCUGAACCCAUUGAAGCCUCUGAGUGUUGCAUACUGCACUUCAGGUGCCUUUCUCUUGUCUUAUUUCCAAUUAUAAAGCUAAAUUGACUUUAAACAUUCAACUGGGGUGCCCUUUAUUUGCAAAUAUUUGACCUCAAACUUGUCAGCCAUCAUAUACUUUCCACUUCAACUGAUGACAGCAUGGAAGAAGCUCAAGAGAUCCAAAUGCUCUGCCUGAAGAUAAAGAAGAGGUGAUAGGAACAGAGAGGAUUCUCCUUAAGAAUCUGAACAUGGUGGUUCCUGUUCAUCUGUUGUAUGUCCAUGCGUAUAUUUUAUCUAUUGUAUUUUAAAUUCAAAUGUUAUGUUAUUUGAUUUCUUUCUAAUUGUUUAACUUGGUAUGAGAGCCUGUUGGGUAGAAACCUUUUUUCAUUAGAUCCUUUUCACCAUUGCAACAGCCAGUUCUUCUUCAACCUUUGUCUUACCAAAUUUUAAUUUAAAAGUGUUUAAAUUGUUCAAUUUAAAAGUGCAAAGAUCAAAUUUUAAUUAA